UUACAUAAUCAUACAGGUUUGACCCGAUCUGUAGGGUUACGCAAUUCAAAUUGUAUUCUUGCUCACUGUCUACCAUGACCACCACAAUUCUUUUCUCAACGUUUGCUCCAUUCCCGACUCUUUCACUCUCUGUUUCUCCAGAAACACGAUUCGAUGACCUGUAUUCUCUUUUGUGCGAGCGCUAUUCCGAUCUCCCUGCUUCAGAGGACUUGAGAAUUUCACUUCAUGCUGGAUCUAUCCAUGGACGAGAUGCGACUCUCAUCACGCUGAAACUUAUUCCCCGACUCCGAGGUGGUAAGGGAGGUUUUGGUUCGCAGUUGCGUGCCGCCGGUGGUCGCAUGAGUAGUCAGAAGACCAGUAACAACGACUCAUGCAGAGAUCUUAGUGGACGCAGGCUUAGUACCAUCAAAACCGCGAAAAGGCUCGCAGACUACAUGGGAAAUGAAGAUGAACGGAAGAAGGCCCAGGCUGAGGUCAAAAAAGCCAAGCUAGAGACACUCGAGAAGAAGAUUGCAGCUGCAUCAGGGGAUACGGAGACUGUUGCUGGCAAGAAGCAUAGGUUCGAUGACACAGAAUACCUCGAGGAAAGUAGGGAGAUUGUCGACAAUGUCAAAUCUGCAGUGUCUGCUGGUCUCAUGAAGAAAAAGAAGAAGAUGAAGACCAACCACAUUUCCAGCUCACCCGAGUCAUCCACUCCUCCAAAGGACGCGGUCACGGAGAGAGUGCUGAAAUCCCCAGCCCCACCUAUUGCAAUGCCUGCAGCUAUCACUGUCGGAGUCGCCAGCGCGUAGUCCUUGUUGAUAUAUCCCUUUGUAGCGUAUGGAUUGCAGCUGCUGUAUUUGCCCAGUGAUAACAUUAUCUAUUAUCACCUCUAAUUACAUUA